AUGACCAAUGUCCUGUCGGAGCUCUUCAACAUGGGCGAACAAGCCCCAACCUCCAGAUUUUCCCAGAAAAAAUCUUCCAGGAAACAGACAAACCCUAGAAUUUGCAUUUUCAAUACCCCCGACACAAGGACAUUUUCGUUUCAACGAGGUCGUCGAGUUCAAGGGAAGAAGCGAAAAGGGAAUCUGAACAAAGGAGCGAAAAUAACAACGUGGAAGGAGGAGGAGGAGGAGGAAGAAGAAGAAGAAGAAGAAGAAGAAGAAGAAGAAGAAGAAGCAGAAGACAAAGGAGAAGGAGAGAGGGAACUGGUUGGGUACUCGAGAAGUGAAGUUACGGUAAUAGACACGAGUUGCGAGGCAUGGAAAUCUGACAAGUUUAUCUUCAGGAGGAAAAAUAUCUGGAAAGUUAAAGACAAGAAAGGAAAGUCACGCACCAUUGGUAGAAAGAAGAGGAAACCACCUCCUCCAUUUGAAGACAAUGGUGUUUGUAAUAAGAAACGGAAGAUUUCGAGUUUGGAGCUGAUAGAAACUAGUGGAACACAAUGUGGAUCGCCUACAAAUCAUGGAUGGAAUGCUCCAGAUGAUAAAAGGGAAGAAGUUCACAAUGAGGCAGCUGAUGAUCUUACCCAAGUUCUUAGAAAGAGGUUUCCUUUCUCCAGAUUACCUCGGAAAUCGGGAAAGGGAGGUUCUUCUGUUGUCCUUAUGAAGGCUAUUCCUACAGGCAAGAAAAAUGGAGGAAAGCUUGCCCUGAAGGACACUCAGAGGAAAUAUAAAACGUUAUAAAUCCAUCAAGCCUGUCUGGCAAAAUAGCCAAUUCUGCGGUUGAGCCAGCAAUUGGUUCUAUUUUGAGUGUGCCUUACUCCUAUUGAUGGAUGGGAUUCAAAUGGCUUUGUUUGAGGUUUUGCGGCUGAAAUUGGCCCCUAACUUCAAGCCUGUGGGUAAGGUGUUCACUUGAUGAAAAGUAAUAUGAGAAUUUAUAUUUGGUUUUGAGAAGAUGGUCAUGUUGGAUGUUCCAAUCAGAGGCUCGUUUUUCCCUUGUAAACGGAAUCAAUUAUGGAAUUAC